AUGAUUAUUCCAAAACAAGAUGUAAAUUAUUCACUUUAUUUGGUUACUGAUUCUGCUAUGCUUCCACCAGGAAAGACUUUAUAUGAUCAAGUUAAAGCCGGGUUAGAGAAUGGUGUGUCCUUAGUGCAAAUCCGUGAAAAAAACACUGACACUAAGAAUUUCGUGGAAGAAGGUCUACAAAUCAAAAAAUUAUGUCAUCAGUUUAAAGUUCCUUUAAUUAUUAAUGAUCGUGUUGAUGUGGCUAUGGCAAUUGAUGCAGAUGGUAUCCAUGUGGGACAAGAUGAUAUGCCUGUCCCCAUGGUAAGAAAGCUUUUAGGUCCUGACAAGAUCUUAGGUUGGAGUGUUGACUUUUCUCAUGAGGUGGAACAAUUGGCUAAAUGGGGUCCAGAUAUGAUUGAUUAUAUUGGUAUUGGAACUAUUUUCCCAACUGCCACAAAGAAAAAUCUAAAGAAAGCUCCUAUGGGCCCACAAGGUUGUUCUAAAAUUAUAACUGCUUUAGAGGAUAGUGGUGCCACUUGGUGCAAGACUGUAGCUAUUGGAGGGUUACAUCCUGAUUGUAUUGAAAGAGUCAUUUAUCAGUGUAAUGCAUCCAAUGGUAAAAGAUCCCUAGAUGGUAUCUCAUUAGUAUCUGAUAUUAUGGCAUCACCUGAUGCUGCCACCUCUACAGUAAUUUUACGUAAAAUAAUCGAUGGUACCCAAUUCAAAUUUGUCAACUUUCAACUAUCCCCAUCUAAUGUUACUGCUGCUGAUGUCAAAAAAGUAAUUUCACAAGUCAAACAAACUCGUCCAUUAGUUCAGCAUAUGACUAAUAAAGUUCAUCAAAACUUCGGUGCCAAUGUAACUCUAGCUCUAGGAUCAUCUCCAAUUAUGUCUGAUGUAGAAUCUGAAGUUAGGGAUUUGGCUCAAAUUCCCAAUGCGUCGUUGUUAAUAAAUACUGGAUCUAUAGCACCAGUGACUACUUUAACAACUGCUAUUAAAGCUUACAACGAAUUUAAAAGGCCAAUUGUGUUGGAUCCAGUAGGAUAUUCUGCAACUGAAACCAGGCUAAUAUUAAAUGAUACUCUAUUAACAUAUAGUCAGUUUAUAUGUAUCAAAGGAAAUUCUAGUGAAAUUCUUGCUCUUUCUGGUCUAACUUCCAGUAAAAUGAAAGGGGUUGAUGCUACAAGCACUGAAGCUGUUACAAAAGAAUUGUUAGCCUUAGCGACUCAAACGGUGGCUUAUAAAUAUAGGACAUAUGUCGUAUGUACGGGUGAGACUGAUUUCAUUGCUGAUGGUACUUUAUCAGGAAAAUUAAGUUUAUCCACAGGCACUGAUGGUAUCACAGCCAAAGACCUACCUUGUUAUUUAGUUGAAAAUGGUCCUAUUCCAAUUAUGGGUGACAUUACUGCGAGUGGCUGUUCUUUAGGUUCUACAAUCGCUUCGUUACUCGGUGGUUUAAAUGAAGAUGGUAUUGCCAUUGACGCAAUUGUGGGUGCUGUUCAGUUGUACAAGUCUGCUGGUAAAUUAGCAUCUACCCGUGCUCGUGGUAGUGGUAGUUUCCAUGUGGAAUUAAUUGACGCUUUAUACCAGUUGUUUAAUGAAAAUAAACCAGAAGAAUGGACUGCUAAAGUGAGACGUCUAUAA